UUGAGCGACUGGCGCCUGCGUACAGCUUGUUUACAACUGCGGAGCUUAACCAUACACAUGACCUUUCCAAGAUGGAUACGAACGCCUAUUUUAUUGCCUAGCGUGUAAUUAGAAAAUCUGUGCGUACCGCGGAUCUGUGACGCGCUGUUUUGUACCCGUCGUAAGCAGUGGAACGUCGUGUCUAGUUUCUUGAUUGUCAUUGAUAAUGCACGAGGGUUUGCGGAUUCAAAUUCGCUCCAAAUAAGGAAUUUCUGCACUCGUCAAAUUUUCACCUCGCGGCAGAUGUGACCACUCUAUGCAUAUUUCUCGAAUAUACCUUUACGAGUGUUUUUAUUCGCGGGUGGAUGUUACAUGUGUGGAAAAUUAUAUCAAUUUAAAUAUAUUUAGGUAUUUGCCUCACAUGUCUCUCAUUUACCUUACACACAACGUGUUUUGGUAUUGCCUCGUAUUGCGCAUGAAAAAUUACCCUGCCCUUGGCAGUAGCCUAUUUACUCGGCAAGCAUUUUACGCAAGUCGCGAUUGUGAGUUCAACCACCCACCCACCUGCGCGUAUCGUCCUGCUAUUGCUGUUCCUCGGUACAACCUGCUUUAUUCAAAAUUGUACGAAUUUUUGAUUCGGGCGCGGCUUAUGAUUGGGAGCAUGUAAACCAACACCUUCGUGCAUGUGGAACGGCGGCGUGGAAUGUAAAUGGUGCUCCUCGUAAUCGCCCCCGCGUUCAUAAUCCAUCACGAAGAACGCAAUUCCUAACCUCAAUUCGCUAUCCUCGAUCCUCGGGCGGGAUGUCUUCGGGCAGGAGCCCAGUUUCCCCCUCGGGUGGUCCGGUCAUUAAAUCCGGUCACCUACGGAAGCUCAAAACUACCAAGAAGAAAUAUUUCGUACUUCGCGGCGAAGCUCCCGGAUUUAGCGCGUGUUUGGAGUAUUAUGACAGCAAGAAGAAAUUUGAGAACAAGCAGCUUCCAAAACGAAGUAUAUCAUUGCACAGCUGUUUCAACAUCAAUAAGCGCGUUGACACCAAAUAUCGUAACGUCAUUGCUCUUUAUACCAAAGACGAAUGCUUCUGCUUGAUUCUCGACAGCGAGAAAGAACUCGACGAUUGGUUAAACUCCAUGCUUCUACUCCAAGGAGGAGAUGUUCCUGAUGGCGAACAACCUCGUCCUACCUUUGAACACGUUUGGCAGGUCACGAUGCAGAAAAAGGGACUUGGAGAACGCAAAAACAUUCAAGGACCAUAUAGACUAUGCCUAACCGAUCGAACAUUAAGCUUGGUUAAAAUCGGAGCUAAGAACAACUCAGACUCUAUUGUAUUUUCUCUGAUGUGCAUCAGGCGAUGUGGCUACAUGGAUCGCAUUUUUUACAUGGAGGUGGGCAGGUCAGCAGUCACAGGGGUAGGAGAAUUUUGGAUGGAAACGGAAGAUAGCAACAUUGCGCAUAAUAUGCAUGCAGCUAUUUUAAACUCUAUGAGCAACACUAGUAGUAGUAAAGAGGAAGUUGGGCCACGACCGAGAACACGCAGUUCCUCUGCGAAUGAAGCUAGCAAGCCAAUAUCUGUACUUCAACGUCGCCAAACUCACACUGGACAAAAACUGCAUGGCUUUUCUCCAUCAGAGGAACAGAAGACUUGCAAGGAACAAGUGGAUCCGUUGAGGGAGCUGAACAACCCUGCAUCUGCUCCUUCACAGAGUAGUCAUUCACAGAGUAUCUCCUCUUCCAAUACACUCACGGCGCUUGCUGCUGCUGGGACUGGGGUUGCUGCAGGACAUACCGGGAGUACCUUGACUAACGCCAACAGCACCGCGAAUAGACGUCGUCACUCAGUUGCCAGUCAUCCUCACCCUACCUCCUCUCAAUCUAAUCAAAUCACAAUCACCACUGCCUCGACCACAUCUACAACAGCUACCACCACAUUAUCCCAUCAGAGAACCUUGUCGCUGCCCCUAGCCGCUGCUGUUGUCAAUCAAUCGCAACCAUCUAAAAGAUCCGUUUUACGCUGUACAACAGGGCGUGAACGAUGUGACAGUCUUCCGUCAAGAGCACGUACGUCAAGCGAGGGUCAUCCUACAGUUAUAAUGGGUCAUCCAAGAGCAGCUCACCUUGCACCCAAUAUACCACGACCUCAUUCUAUGUGUGGUAAAGGAUUGUCCUAUUCUCCACCAAUUUCUUCUAUGCCAAUAAGCCCUGCAUCUGGGGCUUGUUCCACUGAUUCUGCGGGCUCUUCACUUUCUAUGGAUGACGGAGGAGAAAGCAUUUUGGAGGAAGGGCCAGCCUCAAGAUAUGGUCAUUCACUGACGCCUGAUGAACCGGUUAUUAUGGAGGAAAAUGGUGAUGACUAUACUAUCUGGUCGUCUGGAAAUCCUCAACAUAAAUAUUCACCUCUGUUCAAGUCUCAGUCACCUUCUCAGCAGAGUUCUUACAUGGAGAUGUAUAGUCCUUGUGGCUCGAGUCCUGGCAGGGGGGGAGCUUAUAUGCCUAUGAGUCCUGCGACCAAUGCACACUCACAUUCUCGAGCCUCAUCCCUCGUAGAGGAAGUUACUACAAUACCUGAUGGCUAUGUACCUAUGGCACCUGUUGGCGACGAUGGUUAUGUUGAUAUGGAUCCUGCCAAUCCAAACAAUGGUCAUUUUCCUGAUGAUAUGUCUCAACAUGGAGGCAGCAGUUGUUCAGUCACAUCUGGGACUCCCAGUACAGAUUUAAGGUUCUCUGAGUAUCACUUGGACAAGGUGACCAGCUAUCUUGCACCUGGUGAGGACUUACAGUCCAGGCCCACCAGAGCGUACUCUGUGGGGUCUCGACCAGAACCUGCCAACAGACAACGCAAGAAUCGACUGGAAAUAGCGCAACAAGAGUCCAUUAGGGUUCGAGCAUUUUCGGUAGGAAGUCGCUCAAAGAGACCCGAGAUUGGGAGGUUAGCAAACGUGAUUGCUACUCCUUUGCCUGUUGGUUCGGAUCACUCUACUUCAAGCAAGUCUAACUCCGCCCCACUGUUGUCCAGUUCCUGGGGUCACAACUCUGGUUGCUCAGGGGCAUCAGAGCGCAUGGAGGACCUUAUGGAAUUGGAUUUUACAAGGCCUAAUGCUCUGUCACCUCUAUCUUCUCCUCUCUCCUCGUAUACCCAGUCCCAAACGCAUUCAUAUUCCACUGCCACUGACACCAGUUCCUAUGUCGACAUGUCGCCUGGACAACCACCUGUAUCUACUACUGCCUCCUACGUAGAUAUGAGUGGUCUAAACAAGGCGAACAGAAACAAUAAUAACAAUACCAUCACUGCCAAUCACAAUCACAGUCAUACACCAGCAUCCUCUUGCACCCCCAAACCAGUGAUAACAACACUCAAGCCAGUAGAAGAGGCUGAAGGGCCUUAUCUAGAGAUGGGAGGUGUGAGUGAAAGCUGGCACAGACCUGAUUCAAGUCCUAAACAAGUUCCAUCUCCUGUCAACGAUGACUACAUGCAAAUGAACGGACCUCCAGGGGUAACGAGAACGGCACCUGUCGAUUUGCCGCAACCUAGACGCCCACCGGAAGGCUAUGUAGAGAUGACGUUUAAACCGAGACCGAGCCCCGUCGCUACACCUGAGCAAGACUAUAUUAAUAUCAAUAUGAAUAUCGGUGGAACUGGUCGUAAUAAUCGCAGGCCAAGAGGCGGUAGUCGGAAGGAAAAGUCUCGUUCUCAACCGAUUGCGAUUCAGGCCGGAAGUAAGCCAGUAAAAGCACCAAGUUUUUUACCCCUAAAUGGGAGUCCGACAACCGAAAGCUUGGCAAGCACUCCUGCCUCGCCGCCUCGGGCUACUCCUACCGGUUCUUCUGCGACGAUAUUUCCAUUUUCUUUAAACAGCCCGCAGUCGCCGAUAAAACCGUUCACUCCCCAAUCCGAGAUCGGGAAAUCUUCAAUGAUCGAUACGAGUGGUGAAUACGCGGUAAUGCGACCCACUAGCAAGCUCUCUGUAACAAACUCUGUUUCACUUGUGGAUAGUUCGUUGCCUAGAAAAGGCAAAGAUGUGAAUCCACCCAAUUCAACGGUCAAAGAUACUGGCCACUUAUCAUCAUCUUCAAAAAUUUCUCAAGACCAAUCGGUGGUCCCUGUAAUAACACGGUUCGCUGAGUUUACGAUCUGUAAACCACGACUAGUUACUGCCUCUCCGACUGCUACAAGUCCUAAUACCUCUGUGUUCAAACCAGUGCAAACUAAACCGUCGUCUCCUAAGUUAUUUGACGAUACUCCUACCCCGACACCCACACCAACUCCAACCCCCACACCAACUCCAACUCCUACACCCACCCCUUCUCCUCUCGACAGUGAAGGAUAUGAAAAAUUACAACCAGGUGCUAGUAUUCUGCACUACGCUAGGUUGGACCUCCCGGAAGUGGACGGGGUGCCACCAGUUUCCCCUAUACCACCCCAGGAGGGUUUCAGCUAUGCAGAAAUUGACUUUGCAAAGCUGAAACACAACUGAGAGAUAGCUUGAAUGGCAAAUACACGCUAUUUGUAGAUACUACACACUACUGAGUUACGUGAUUCGUAUUUUGAUGAUUUGUUACUGAUUGUAUGCAACCAAAGCAUGGACAGAUGAUGGAAAAUAACACAAAACCACCAUAUUAUCGUGGAUAUAUUAUUGCGCUUUUUCGUAUAAAUUAUGAAACGCCUGAAUACUUUGAAGUAAGCAUCAUUAUACAUAUACAUAUAUACAUACGAAGCAUCUAUACAUAAGUAAAUAUAUAAAUAUGAAUAUAUAUAAUAUACAUAUUAUUAUAUACAGUAUAUAUAAUAAUAUUAACAAU